GGAAAUCUGCCCUGACUGGUGCCAGCACUGUAAGGGGCCUGCCCUCGCAUUGUGUCUCUAUCUGGUGGCUGAACCUUCCCCAGUCAGCACAUUAAAUAUCCUGCUGCCAAAAGGUGGCAUAAGCCCUCUGCCCUGACUGUCUCAGCUCCCUGUCAGCCUGAAGCAGGGUACUUCGCCUUACACCAAUCCUCUGCAGAGCAACUCAACAGGAUUCAAUAACAUAGGACCAGAGCUCCUCCGUGCCCCCAGAAUGGCUGGAGUCCUGUCAUGUGAAUACCUGGUGUAUGGCCGUGUACAAGCCACUCAUGAAGGGAAGAACAUCCCGCCCACUAACACGAAGGCUUAUACCUCCAAUGUGACUGAUCCCAUCAUCAUCUCUAAGGGAUGGCUUUGUAGUAACACCUCGGCUACUGCUGCCAUGAACUGGCUGCCUAGCAACAGUGAUGCGUAUAUUUCCGAUAAGCUGUUCCCCACUGUGGCGAAUGAACGGAUCCCAAUUAACACCGAAGCCUACGUGGCGAAUGAACAGAUCCCUAUUAACACUAAAGCCUACGUGGCGAAUGAACAGAUCCCUAUUAACACUAAAGCCUACGUGGCGAAUGAACAGAUCCCUAUUAACACUAAAGCCUACGUGGCGAAUGAACAGAUCCCUAUUAACACCGAAGCCUACGUGGCAAAUGAACGGAUCCCUAUUAACACCAAAGCCUACGUGGCAAAUGAAUGGAUCCCUAUUAACACUAAAGCCUACGUGGCGAAUGAACGGAUCCCUAUUAACACCGAAGCCUAUGUGGCGAAUGAACAGACCCCUAUUAACACUAAAGCCUACGUGGCGAAUGAACAGAUCCCUAUUAACACCGAAGCCUACGUGGCAAAUGAACGGAUCCCUAUUAACACCGAAGCCUACGUGGCAAAUGAACAGAUCCCUAUUAACACCGAAGCCUACGUGGCAAAUGAACAGAUCCCUAUUACCACUAAAACCUACGUGGCAAAUGAACGGAUCCCUAUUAACACUGAAGCCUACGUGGCGAAUGAACGGAUGCCUAUUAACACCGAAGCCUACGUGGCGAAUGAACGGAUCCCUAUUAACACCGAAGCCUACGUGGCGAAUGAAUGGGUCCCUAUUAACACCAAAGCCUACGUGGCGAAUGAACGGGUCCCUAUUAACACAGAAGCCUACGUGGCAAAUGAACGGAUCCAUAUUAACACUGAAGCCUACGUGGCAAAUGAACGGAUCCCUAUUAACACCGAAGCCUACGUGGCAAAUGAACGGAUCCCUAUUAACACCGAAGCCUACGUGGCGAAUGAAUGGAUCCCGAUUAACACCGAAGCCUACGUGGUAAAUGAACGGAUCCCUAUUAACACCGAAGCCUACGUGGCGAAUGAACGGAUCCCUAUUAACACUGAAGCCUAUGUGGCAAAUGAAUGGAUCCCUAUUAACACCAAAGCCUACGUGACGAAUGAACGGAUCCCUAUUAACACUGAAGCCUAUGUGGCAAAUGAAUGGAUCCCUAUUAACACUAAAGCCUACUUGGCAAAUGAACUGAUCCCUAUUAACACUGAAGCCUAUGUGGCAAAUGAACAGAUCCCUAUUAAAACCGAAGCCUACGUGGUGAAUGAACGGAUCCCUAUUAACACCGAAGCCUACGUGGCAAAUGAACUGAUCCCUAUUAACACCGAAGCCUACGUGGCAAAUGAACUGAUCCCUAUUAACACUGAAGCCUACGUGGCAAAUGAACGGAUCCCUAUUAACACUAAAGCGUAUGUGGCGAAUGAACGGAUCCCUAUUAACACUGAAGCCUACGUGGUGAAUGAACGGAUCCCUAUUAACACUGAAGCCUACGUGGUGAAUGAACGGAUCCCUAUUAACACCGAAGCCUAUGCGGUGAAUGAACGGAUCUUUAUUAAUACAGAAACCUACGUGGUGAAUGGACGGAUCCCUAUUAACACUGAAGCCUAUGCGGUGAAUGAACGGAUCCCUAUUAACACUGAAGCCUACGUGGUGAAUGAACGGAUCCCUAUAAGAACCAUGGCCUAUGUGGCCAAUGAGGAGCUCUCCAUCAGUACUGGAGCUUAUGUGUCCUCUCCACCCUUCCUGUGAAACUCACUUAAGACCAUCAUGAAGAGCAGCCUGUCCAUCUACAGGGACCGGUGUGAUUAUUAGUGGCUUGUAUCGUCUGCUAUUUACAGGUUGUGAGUGCAGCACACAAAUAAACUCUGUUUUCCCUACAA